CUUUCCUAAACUUGUUUUAUAGACAGCUAGAGGUUUUCGCGUCCUGUAGGGUCGGUGGCCCCGCUGCUAGCAUUCUGAAGCUAAAUUACAUAAUGUAUGGGUCUCGGUUGGUGCAUGCAACAAGUAGAUAUGUGUCGGCACUCGGCGGUCUAACUGUCAAUGUGGAGUACACACGGUCACUGACACUAGCACCAACAAUGGACCAGCAAUUUUGUUUGCGCUGGAACAAUCACCCAAACAAUCUGACUGAUGUGCUUGCAAGCCUUUUACAGCGUGAAGCACUAUGUGAUGUUACACUUGCCUGCGAUGGGGAGACAGUCAAGGCACACCAGACAAUACUCUCAGCAUGUUCCCCAUAUUUUGAAAGUAUAUUCCUACAAAAUUCGCAUCCACAUCCUAUAAUAUUCCUAAAAGAUGUGCGAUUCUCAGAGAUGAAAUCGUUAUUGGACUUUAUGUACAAGGGGGAAGUAAAUGUUGGCCAAAAUAUGCUACCAAUGUUCCUAAAGACUGCAGAAAGCUUACAAGUUAGAGGUUUAACAGAAAAUAAUACAUUGAAUCCUAAGGCGGAGGAGCGUUCCACACCAUCGGUGAGCGCGGAGAAUCUCUCGUCGCGCGGGGACUUCGCCACGCCACCGGUCGCGCACGCAGCGGGGCCGCCGCUCACACCGCUGGCCGCGCCGCAGCCGCCCGCGCCCCACGUGCCGCCGGAGAAGCGGCGCAGGAAGAACUCGACGGUGCCACGGGAGGAUAUCGACCUGUCCUAUCGUCCGUAUGAAGGCCAAGUGAAGAGCGGCAAGGGCUCGACGGGCUCGGGCUCGGAGCCGUCCACGCCGCCGCCGGCGCACGCGCGCGCGUCGCGCUCGCCCGCGCACACGCCGCUCGUGAAGCAGGAGCCGGAGUACCUGCACCACGCGCCCGCGCACGCGCCGCCCUACGACCAGACGCACCUGCCGACGAUGGGAGUAAACGAGAUGGCUUCUAUGUUGACCCAGCACACCAUGAGCAACGACUGCAACGAUACGGAACAAAUCAUACAGCCGCAUCCCGAUCAAACAGACACCAUUGAUGGCUCGAAGGGCUGGCACAUGCGGCUCACGUUCGAGCGCGUGGCGGGCGCGCUGAACCUGCACCGCUGCAAGCUGUGCGGCAAAGUGGUGACGCACAUCCGCAACCACUACCACGUGCACUUCCCGGGCCGGUUCGAGUGCCCGCUGUGCCGCGCCACGUACACGCGCUCGGACAACCUGCGCACGCACUGCAAGUUCAAGCACCCGGCGUACAACCCCGACACGCGCAAGUUCGAACCGCCGGCGGCGCCGCUGGCGGGGCACGGGGCGCACGGGCCGCACGGGCCGCACGCGCCGCAAGCGCCGCUCUUCGCCAACCACCUGGACGCCAGCUUCGACUGAUUGUCCAUGUACUGGCUCGGCCUCGACGCUCCGUGAGCGCGCGCCCCUCGCCAGCUCGGACUCUCCUCGUGUCAAAUUUUUAACGGACCGUCUCGUGUCUUUCCUACUUAGGAUUAAGCUGAAGUGCUAUUACUUAAGCGGGCCUCGAUCGAGUUCUUCCAGCUCGUCGGCGACGGGCCCCUCGUUUUAGUAUUGUCUCGGUUGUGCGUUUGACUUGCCCCAGUGUGACUUUGUAUAGAUUCCGCGUAAGGAAGUUUAAGAAACGAUUCCUCGAAAUGGAACACUUAUAGUAUCUUCGUUCGUCGGCGUCGACGGCGCCUCGACGCGUGUAUGAGUAGUUAAGCAAAUUUUUUCUAUACCAAUCGCUAUACGGGAACGGGCAAAAGCAAUAAUAUGAUGUUAAUUUUUAUUACCAUAUUAUUUUUUUAUAUUGUAUCGAUAUACAUCUUAAGCUAUUUAAGAAUAUACACUUAUAUUGAGUAGCGGUGCGACCGCGAAGUGAUGCUGGCUAUUAACGGUUGCUCUUUUGCGAGCACUUUUGUCUUGUUAUAUUUAUUCAUUAGAUAGGGAAUUAUGAGUUUCCUGUAGCUAAUUAUAUUUAUGUUGAUAUAUCCUUUGGGUGGUGCGGAACGACAUCAGGAAAGAAUAUAAAGGACUGGCAAGAGAUUGUGAUCGUCGUUGGUCAACGACAUAUAAAUAUUGACUGAAUCUCAGUGUAGAUGCAUUUUUUAACUCUAUGAGGCCUUUGCAAGAUGGAUAAUUAUUAAGGAUUUGUGAUGUAUUACGGAUAGCGCCUAAGGACAUACGAAAAGAUUUUUUUUUUAUACUAGACUAGUUGAUCUAUUUACGGAGAUUGUUUUUUUUUUAUACUUAGAUAUAUUCUAUUGUCUGAUUUAAUAUAAUUUUAUAUUUAUAUAACGAUAUAAUAUGAUUUAUUAGUGUUGUUUGUUUUUAUGGAUUCAUCAUAAUUAUAGUAACAAUGGUUUCGUUAAUUUGCGUUGAUGAUAAGAGUUAAUAUUCGAGUCGAAAUGUUAACAUGUUUUAUUAUUUUACCGUUGGUAGGUGUUUAUUUGUCUCAUGGGCCACGUUGCCCGCGCGAUCGGUGCUUGGGGUCCAAGACCUCUUUCAAUUAUUUUAAGAUAGGGUGGAAAUUUGAAGGUUGCAUUUAGUAACUAAUGUCGGCAUUCUACGAUUGGGACUAACCUAGCGUUUAUGUAUAUGUAUUUUUCAAUUAAGAUUUAAGAUUGUUACAUUUUUAGCUAAACACUAGAGUGGUACGGUAACUGAAAUGUGAUAAAAUGGAAUGGUGCUAGAACCAAGAGUGUUAACACGCUACGAUUCGACUCCUAUUAUAAUAUUAAUUAAUGUUUUAUGAUUAGUUAUUUUGCAUAAAUGUAAGGCAUCUAGCAUCCAAUUGAGGUCGCAUCUGUCUGGUCAACGGGUAAUAUAAAUACGUCGUACACACCUAGAGAUUACAGUAUCACUCGAGAUUUUAUCUUAAUUUUUUCAGACCUCUUCGAAUUUUACUAACAUAUUUAGAUUAUUAAGACACCGUUUGUAUAAAAUUGAUCUAACUCUAACGAAACCAAUGAAAGAUUGUUAUGGUGUAAUAUAUUACCGCAUCCAAAUAAUUUAUCCGUGAUUCUUUCCGAUAAACUAAUAAUAACUAAGUUGUGGCAUUAUUGCUGUUUUAGUAGCUGUGAACAUGCAACUCACUUGUGCAAUUUUUUUACAUAGUCAUAACUCGUAUCGUACCUAGAUUAUACAAUCGUCUAUUAAAUAUAUAGGGGCCCACUUGAAAAUAAGCACUAAGCUCCAACGUUCCUUACGGAUUUUAUAUUUAAAUAACCAAAAUGUUUCUUCCACAAAGAAUUAUAUUUAUUUUUAAGAUUAUCAAAGAUUUUUAUAUCUGCCGUUCAUAAUAUUGUGGGCGCUUAUAAUUUGAUAGCAUUUCAUACUCAGUGCAAUAUUACUAGUUAUUUAAUUACGUAACCAAACUAAAUGAUAUUUUAAAAGUAAUUAAUGUCUUUUUAAAGAGAAUAUCUACCUAUUUGUAUUUACAUGUAAGUGAUCUACUCCUAAUUUCUAUGUCUACAUAGUAAAUCGAAGUUUGGGUUACGGUAUUGUACAGGUUUUAUAGCUGGUAAUAUUAUUAAGAUUUAGCUUGUUUACCUCUGCCAAUCGUAAUAGUUAUGUACUAUUUAAUAAUUUAUUAUCGCGCAAGUUAAAUCCUAUUGUUGGAACAGAUCAUAGCUAUCCGGGUUCUUGGCACCGCCAGGGGGCGGUUGUGGACGCGUGUAAAGUUACUUUAUACCGCGUUAAACGCUUCUAAUCGUGAAUGCAUUUGUUUUUUUUUUAUAUUUACUAUCACUCGAGACCAAUUUUAAUAUUGAAUUUGCUAUAGCAAAUCGAUGAUUAGUAACAUAGAUAAUUUUAGAUAUUUUAGGUUAGGAUACUAUGAUAGUGUCUGGCCAGAAUAUUUUGGAGAAUCACAUCGUUUGGCUCAGAAAAUAUCUCUCUUUGAUCUCUUUUUUUCAGCUUUCAGAAAGUAUGCAACUUAAUAAUUGUACGAUAAACAUUUGAUUGAACUUAAUGAAAGCUAACUUUAUGCCAUAUGGAAUUUUAAACAUAAGGUUAACGAAUUACUAAAUUUAGUCUUAUGAAAAGAAAGGUCUUGUGGACCUAGUCACUUAUUUGGCCAACAUAAUUGAAUAUUCCAAUAUAUAGUAUAUUAUAUUAAAAUUUACCUUUAUAUCACAAGGAUGUGAUUUUAUCAUUUAAUAUCAAUGGAGUGCAGGAUAAGCACUGUGGUUAUUUUCAGGAUAGCAAUGGUCUAGUUAUGUUCUAUUUGUUUCUUUUUAACAUUAGCCAAUUUGUUAUAGUCGUGUAUCACAAUAGUGUAAUACUAAUAGGAGCGGGGGUGUCAAAUCUGCGUGUUCGUGACGUCGGUCCUGUUAUAUUUUUACAUGAAAUUUUAUGAGCGAUUUGUUGUUUAUAAAUAUUUAUAAUGUCUUGGUUUGAUGCCUCCAUUAAAAGUUUAAUUUAAAUAAUUUUGUUUUAUGCAAGCAGUUAAUGCAAUUUUUAUUUCACAUUGUUUGAUGUUAUGUAAUGCAAUUUUAACAUGUUGCAAACUCCUGCAUUUAUCUGUUGUAUUUAUUACUAAUUUUUACAUUAAAUUGUGGUAUGUUACAA